GAGGCUCGAGGUGCUCAUUCACUCACUCCUUGGACCCACAGCAAACGGUCCCACUCUGAUUUCUAAGGGGAAGUUGGAGUACACGAUGCAAACUCAGAGGGGAAAAGCUCUGCUCUUUGUCCUUUUGGCUGACUUGGUUAUCACAGUCAUGCCACUGGAAUUGAUGGUCAGUGUGAUGCCAGGGGGCAACGACACCACAAUGGGUAUCCCCCGCAUGACCCCUGAGUUCAAGGAGAUGGCCAAGAAACUGAUGCUCAAGUGCUCUAAAAUGGGAUACCAGCCACCAGCUAUCCCAGAGCUGGCACACGACAGCUCGGCGGAAGAGGAGGGGAUGAUGCCACGGAACCCGUUCUCUCUCUUCCCCUCGCUCCUGUCCUCCCUCCCCCCUCCUCCUCCUCCUCCUCCUCUUCUUACGUCCUCACGAUUGGCACGCCUGUCCAACAGUUCAGUGGACGGGCCUGACAUGGAAGCAGAUUGGAAUGUCACUGAGCAGCUGUUGAACGUCACCACUCUGCCCGAGAUGAUCGACAUCAUGAAGAACUCUACCGACCAGCCGCGCUGUUUCUUGCAAACGUUCAUCUCCCCAGUGGCCUGGUCAGCCAUCAUGCAGAACGGCCUGUGGGUCCAGCCAGAGGACCUGUCCAAGCUGCUGUGGGCGGCCAAGCCCUAUCUGGAGAACAUGCCCUCUCAAUACAUAGACCUGCCCCCACGUCCAGACCGACCACGUCUGGCUGAGAUGAUGAAGAUGUUUAGUGAAGUGUUCAGCUCUCUGUCGGAAGAGCAGAGGGACCAGAUCAGAGAGUGGGUGAAAGCCAGUGUGCUGGAGAAUGAGUUUAACUGCGUACCAAACAACCCCGCCCAGAGACCCAAACCACCACUAGCCUGGAUCAUGGGAGCAAAACCAAAACCAGGUCGGCCUGGAGCACUGGGACCGGUUUGGCAUGACCCAAAGUCCCUCUUGGACUCAGAAGGUCGAAAACGUGUCCGCUGCCCCCCGAGGCAGCCCUGGCUGAACAUCACGGUGCUGAGGAUCAUGGGACGUUUCCUGUCUCGUCUGUCUCCACAGGAAGUGAGAGCCAUCCCCUCAGAAGCGCUUUGCCAGUUCUUCCAGAGUCAAGACUUCCCUCCAUCCUUCCAGAGGGUGGGGGCCAUCAAGGCCUCUCUGGGCAGGACCAUCAUGAGCAGACUCCGAACAUGCUCCUCAAGCUCACAGGAAUUCCUGCAACAUACGGCAAGCCUGGGUUCGCUGGCCUGCUUCUAUGAUGGUAGGGUCGCGUCUCUGAACGCUACCAUAAGCAAGCGACUCCUAUCUCAGCUAGAGGAGUGCCAGAAUUCAGCCAGCAAAAAGUUGAAGAAGCAGCUGGUGCGUAAGCUCUUCUCCUCGGCCGACGCGGUCCCAGGCCCCGAGCUCCUGGAGUCUCUGGGCUCGGCUGUGUCCGCACUGCCCCCCUCCAGACUGAUCCGCUUCUCCGCCAAGGCCCUGGCCAACACCCUGCCCAGCCUCAGCAGAGCCACGUGGAGCGCUGCCCAGGCCAAAACCCUGGCCAAGGCCCUGCUGAAGACCCAGAACAUCUCCAGCUCUGACCUGCUGUCUCUGGGGACGGUGGUGCGGGGAGUGGCCAGCUCUGUGCUCCAGAGCGUGAGGGGCGAGGAGCUCCUGAGGGGGGAGGAGAGGGAGCGCCUGGAGGGGGUCAGCCAGAAGAUGUCCUCCCUGCAGAGGAAGGCGCUACUGAAGGGGAUGCGCAGCUCUGUGAAUGUGUCGGCGCUGGUGCUGAACGUCCCCGCGCCGCUGCUCUCCAGCCUGUCCCUCAGCACCCUGGGCCGGGCCCGGCUCACGUCUAUGGAACAGCUGGAGGGACGCAAGUGGACGCGCGCACAGUCCGCUUUCCUGCUGAAGAAGAUUCUGGGUCGGAAACUGAAGCGUCAGCAUCUAAGGAGGCUUGGUCAGGCUAUACAAGGCGUGACCUGCGAGAUGAUUGACAGCCUGAUCCAAAACGAGACCAUGGAAAGCAUGGAGGCCCUCUCUCAGUCCUUUGGCUGGCUCGACAAAACCCAGAUCAGCUGUGCUGCGCGUAAGCUCUUUGACACGCUGGAGCAGAACAGGACAGACUAUUUCAGCAACGUCACCGAGGACGAGCUGCAGAGCAUCCCUGCAAUGAUGAUCAUUCACCUUCCGGCGCGGAGGAUCCGCGGUCUGCCCGUCUCCGUGUGUGGGGUGUUCCUGGAGAAGAUGGCGGCGGUGAACCUCUCCUGCCUGCCCCACAGCUCCCCCUCACGCUCCGCCCUCACUCAGAGAGCACUGGACUGCCUGGGUAAGAACAUGUCUGACGUGUCCACAGAGGAGGUGCUGUCCCUGGGGCCACUGCUGUGUGAGCUGGCCCCCCGGCAGCUGCGCUCCCUGGCCCCUGAGGUCCUCAACAGCACGCUGCUGGAGCUCGCCUCCUGCCCUUACAUCAGACGCAGCUACAGGGCGCCGCUCUUCAGGAUGGUCACAGACAUGUUUGGGCAACCAUCAGACUGGUCGGAGGAGGAUAUGAUGUCACUCAGGCCCUUCCUCCUGCUGGAUAACUCCACUCUCAGAACACUCCCAAAUAGGCCCUGGCUGAGAUCAUCCCUCUCUGAUUUGAUGGACAGCCUACCUGCCCAAACCUCCGCUAUGGUCCCAGAGGAGUUCCGCCCCUCGCCUGACCUGUCCACUCUGCGCUGGAAGCUCUUUGUCCUGACCACCAGAGAGGACAGCCAGACCAGCGCUCCUGCCCAGCGCCGCAGGAGGAGAGAGGCCAUGGCAGCGGACGGGCCCACUUCGGACCUGAUGGAGGAGCUGGGGGAGGACAACGUGUUCUGGAGCCCAGCACAGCUGGCCAACAUGUCCAGCGAGACCUUCACCGAGUCCGCCUCCCAGCUGGGGGAGAUACGGGACUUCACCGAUGAACAGCUCGCCUCUCUCCGUCAGAAAGCUAUAGAGUCCCUGGGCCCUGUGGAGCAGCUGAAUGAGAGCCAGGUGGUGGAGCUGGGCUGUGUGUCUCAGGGCUUCAGCGCUGAGGAGCUGCGGCAGCUCAACAUCUCAACACUGGACACACUGGAGCUGUUGUCCACCUGCAAAUGGACCCAAGCUCAGAGGAGGGCCGUGUGGCAGGGCUUCACGGAGCGCACGGGCGUGUCUGCGGCCGGACUGGCGGAGCUGGACGUGGUGGGUCUGGGCCAGUUCAUCUGCGGGCUCCAGCCAGACGAGGCCCAGCAGCUCGCCAACGACUCCUUCAGGGAGGCUGCAGAGGCGAUAGGCUGCACCCCAUGUGAAAUGCCACAGCUGGAGAGCUUCAAGAGGAAGGCUGUGGCCGUGUUCGGGGAGCCUCAGAGCUGGAGCGAGGGCCAGGUCAUGUCCCUGGGAAACAUCAUGGCUGGUCUGGAGGCUGCAGAGCUGCAGAGUCUCAACUCAUCCGUUCUCUCCUUCAUCAUGUCCUCCGCCAUCCCCCUCAUCCCCCCCAUGCACUUGGCUGCUCUGUCAGUCAGCCAGCUGCAGGCGCUGGGUCCUGACAACGCUGCCAUGGUGACGGAGGCUCAGCAGGCGGAGCUGGGGGAGGAGCAGAGGAAGGGUCUGGCUGACGCGCUGGGAGUGGCCUACACGCGCACUGAGGAGCCCAGCUCGGGAGGCUCUCAGUCCGGCGCCAGUGGACAGGAGAACUCCCCCGUGCCCCAGACCGGAGGUUCCACCAGUCUCACCAUGGGGGGAAUUGUGGUCUUCCUGAAGCCCUUACUGUUUCUGCUACUAGGAUUUAUGUUAGAUUAGUAUAUCAUGCUGAUUUC